UUUCACUCGUUUUUGACUUUCUGCAUUCGAUCAACCUAGCUUGCGGCAUAGACACUCAGACGUUGUGCUUCGAGACAUCGGACAAUCUACCCGGAACUUCAAUGACGACAGUGCCUGUCUUAAGGGUGUAGCAGACGCUACAAAGGCUGUAUUUCGAAACUAGCGACAAUCUACAAAAGAGGUGUCUGAAGAAAGUGCUUGUCGUGAAGGUAUCUUGCGAUCAAUAACGGAACUAUGGAGUUACGUCCAACGAGUCAGAGGCGGCAAAAGAAAGAAACUUCCAUCUCUGCUGCCCCGAUAUUAGGUAAAGGGAGGCAGGCACGACCAUCUCAAGAGGAAGCUAAUGCCCGCAAAAGAAUGAAGACAACUGAUCUGCGAGAAGGGUUUAAUGUCGUGGUGACUGAAAUGAGUGCCGACUGGCGGGAGCUGGGACACAGACUAGGGCUGACUCAUGAUUACAUUGAGGCAACCGACCAGAAGCAUCAAGGGAAGACGCCGCAGUGCUGCAGAGAAGUGCUCGAGCAGUGGCGCAAGGAAAGUGGUUCUCAAGCAACGUUAAAAAUGCUGGAGGAGGUUCUCAGAAAGGCACGUCAUGUGCGCGUGGCAGACAUGAUUAAAUGUAUAGGGGAUGACAGCGAAUCACCAAUCGCAAGCACGUCACAUACUCCUGGAACAGUCGAAGUGGUUAAAACAACUGAGUCCUGGAUAAAGAUAAAGUGGGCGCCACCGACCAUUUGUAUGAUUGGGACGCUGAUCGGCUACAUAGUGGAGCAUUCUUUCUUCCAAACUGAUGAAUGGGUGAAAGCACACGACCAAGGCUGCCUGCCGUCAUCUACAACAGAGUUCAAAGUGGGCGGCCUUACAAAGAAUGGGCAGUAUCAUUUCCGUGUAAAAGCUGUUUACCGUGGCCGCAAGCUGAGUGAACCAUCUUACUCAGGAUUGGGCAUAGCCAAGAUACAAGGUCAACCAUUACAACCGCGCAAUCUGCGUGUGACAGACCUUGACACUAAGGGGGGCAUCGUGAUGUUAGAAUGGCUCGAACCCGAAGAAGUCAACGAUGGCGACUUUCCUAUAACCUCCUACAUUGUCGAAAAACGCCUCCACAGCGAUUGGGUUUUGUGUCUUAAAACAUCGAAGCUGCAGUGCACAAUAAAAGGCAUUACAGACGUCGAAGACUGGAGGUUUCGUGUGUCUGCGAAGAAUAAGAAAGGUCUUCAGAGCGAUCCCUCUGAGAUGGUCAAUCCUGAGGUUCGCAUAAAGGUGGAUGUACACAACGCUGGCCAAGCAAAUAGGGAGGCUGUUAAAAAGGCUCUCUGGAAAUCAGCAUUUGAGCCUCAUGGGCUAUCAGGCAAGAAGAUAGAGGAGGGCAGCAUCGUCUUCGUGUACAGCUGCAGGGAUCCGAUUGGUCUCUGUAAUCUCUGGAUGAUGUACUGCCGGGGAGAAGUCUGCCAAUAUUUCCAGAAACUGCUCGUGACAGAGAAUGUACUUCGUACCUGUUCCACAACUGACGUCAAACUGGUAGUCACCAUUGAUCCAGAAGACUUCCGGGCCAGCGGCAAUCAUCUCCUCCUGACUCGUGAAACCAAACAUGGCUACAGAGUGUUGUCUAAAUCUCUAAACACAGAUCUGUUCUGCCUGAUAAACAACCUGGCAUCAUUCAAAGGGAAAACUACCAUGCUGACACAGGAGAACUCAAUCGCCGACAAAAUUGCUGGCACCUCCAACACAAACAGCGCACUACCAGGCACCGGAGAUGAAAGAAACCAAACAGUCUGUGAGGAUUUGAACGAGGCAGGAGCUUCGAAUUCUGUUCCGGUAGACAACGAAUCAUCCAGCAUCGACGGUGCCACUAUGGCCGCACGUCCUACUCCAACUUCUGCACAGCUCCAUAGUGCAUUCGACACGAUCUGUUACUGGAUGAAAGUUAGUGACCACAAGUGCUACGGCAGCUUCAAGGAAAUCGAGGGAGAAGUACACCGUUAUCUAAUCGGUGCUGCGAAGAAAACGGAAUCCAUCCGACAUCUCUUUCAGCCAGCAGCUGCAGGCAAAUAUGUUAAGUUUGAAUAGAGUUACUAAAGAUUUGAAUGAAAAUCAAUCACCCUCAAAUUUACUCUUCAAAAGAAAUAACCAACGGAUGAGCUGCGCCACCAUUUUACCAUUUUUCUCAAACGCUUUAGCAUAAUUACAGAAGUUUUAUGCAGGAUAAUUAAAUGGGUCAUUCUUUUUUAAGGUACAGACUUUGGUAGAUAAGUAGACUCAGCAACUUCAAGAUGAUAAUUAGGCGAUGAGGACGCUUUCGAGUAUCGCAGGGUUACUUAACAACUUGGGUACCUUGGUGAUUACAAAAAGGUGGGUAUCAUGAGAAUUCACUAUAGAUUAGGCGGGGUGUCUACAGUGAAAGCACUGUACAUCCUACUGCUCAUCCUGCCUCAUCAUGCUCAUCCAUGCCUGAGUAACUUCGGGGGAGCUUAGACAAUAAUCGGCAAUAAUCAUUCAUGAUCAGACACCACAAAUGUACCGAGGCAUCUAUCGUCACAGUGAUAACACUGCACAUCCUAAUCUUGCCGCCUCACUAAGCAGUUUGAACAGAAGGAGGCCAGCUAUUAUGAAAAGUCAGACCGAUGAACCAGUGUAUCUAUGGCGAUGCCCCUGCACAUCCUCCCUAUUUUACUGUACAUCCUCAAUUCAACCCACGUUACAACUUUGGCAACACCUGAAGAAACCUUGGUGAUCACCGAAAGGCAAUUAACUAUUGCGAACAAUCAAUACAGAUGAGGCGGAUCAUCUAUGGUGAGGAUACUGCGCAUUCUGACUUUGCCAGAUCAUGUAACAACUUAGGUAACGUCUAGAGAGAACGUGGUGAUCACAGAAAGGCGGUAAGCUAUGAUGAGCAGUCACUGCAGAUGAGGCUAAUUGUCUAUGGUGAGGACACUGCACGGUCUCACAUCUUCAGCUCACGUAACAACUUGGUUAAAGCCUGGAGUAACGUUGGUGAUCACAGAAAGGCGGUACGCUAUGAUGAGCAGUCACUGCAGAUGAGGCUAAUUGUCUAUGUUGAGGAUACUGCACGGUCUCACAUCUUCAGCUCACGUAACAACUUGGUUAAAGCUUGGAGUAACGUUGGUGAUCACCGACAGACGACAAGCUUUUAUACACAGGCACUUCAGAUGGACCGGAGUAUCUAACUUGAGGAAACUUCACAUUCUGACAUUACAGGAAACUAAACAAGGAUCGCUUUUUAAAAAGCUGACCAUUCGACAAUUGUCUAUGGUGAGCAUUGAACGGUGUAAUGCUAGGUCAUGUAAAUGCUUUUUGUAUCUGUAUCUAUAUAGCCGGUAUAAUCGCCAUUCGGCGUAACACACCAGCUUCGCAGGCAGGCGGUGCGGCAGCAGCUGGUUAUAUUACACUGACCGAUUCGUCACACCUAACUUGUGCACAUCUAUUUGCAAGUGUUCUUUAGAGCUAUCCAGAGACGAUGCCCCUACUGUGCUUGGUGGUAGCAAAUUCCUGAUCUGGCUUUGUCUAUAUAUGUAGAAAUUAGGAGGUAAUUUGCAUUAUUCCGAAUGAAAGUAGGUGCAUUCGAAGAAGUGAGUUUGACAAAAAUUGGUAUUGGGGAAAAUCAAACAUAUAGACUUAAAUGAGAACUAAGCAUAUUGUAAUCUUACAGUGGUCCAUGGUAAAUGAACUUCAUUUUUGCGUCAUAUCCAAGAUGUGCAUGUUGACAUAUUUAAAUAAUGUAUUUUACUUCUUAUGACCAUAUACAGGGAUAUGCUACUGUAGCCUACUUUGCUGAAAUAAGCGUUUCUUACUUUGUGUAGGUGGCACUUUUCAAUUUAGCUGGCGCUUCUAGUAGGCUGCCGCAAAUUUUGAGACUCCGAUGACUGACACUCAUAUCGAGUAUAAAUCUACUAAUAUCUGGAUACCUGCUACCAAUCGGGACACUGUCAUUGGACUGAAAGGUGGUUUCGUGAGAGAAUUUUAUCGUCGUGUCUGAUCUGUGUCUGCGACUCAAGUACCGAAAGCUGGGUGUCAGGAUACGACACCUCCAGCAUAGCCAGGUAUUGUAGUCAACAAGAAGACGAAAGCUCCUCUGAAUAACUAUAUACAACUGCCUUUGCGCUCCCUGGGCGUUCUCCAAGUAACACCAAGACCAAGAGGCUGUAAAGCC